AUGAUUGUCAAAGAUACUUUAUAAAAAUCUUAAUCAUAAUAAAGUAUGAUUUACACUUCAUCGUCUUAGGUAUAUUAAAAAGAUCGAAUGAAAGCAAAUCGAUUCUUUUGUCAAAGCUCUGUUUGAUAUCUACGAAAAAUUUAUCUUGUAAUAAUUUCCAGGAGAACUUUGUAAAUCAACAGAAAGCAUGACCACGCUGCUUAUUUUUUAAAAUGGCUCACUUUAGUCAGCAACACUCCAAUCCCUCAUUACAAAGCUACCUUUAUCCUUCAAAAUCCCCACACAUAUCUCCCCUCCCCUUCCUCACCUCCAACCAACCCAUCCCUCACCCCUCUCCAAACCCUCCUCCCACUCCCACUCCACCCACACCUAAACCCCUUCCUCCUCCCUGGUUCACCCUACUUCUGUUCACAGCUAUCCCAACCCCAAUCUUUCCUUCUUGAGUCACCUCCAACAACGUUCAACGACUAGAAGACUAUCUCUUGUUAAUGAUGCAAUGGUAUUGGCUGAGACUGCGAGUGGGUGUAGAUGGGGAGGUGAAAGGUUGGAGAAGAGGAGGGUAAGAGGAAAGGAUGGGGUCCAUUCGGGAGAAGUUAGAAAGAAGACUUGGGGAAGUUGGAUUGG